AUGAAGGUGCUUGUCACCGGGGCCACCGGUCUGCUGGGCCGCGCGGUGAUGCGCGCGUGCGUCGAGGCAGGUCACGAGGUCACGGGCACCGCCUAUUCGCGAGCGAGUCCGCCGCUGCUCCGCGUUGACCUGACCGACGAGGCGGCCGUUCAGUCCCUUGUCGAGAACGUGCACCCUGACGUGGUGCUCCAUCUGGCCGCUGAGCGCCACCCUGACCGCGUCGAGCAGAACCCGGACGCGGCACAGGCACUCAACGUCGAGGCGCCAGCGUGGCUCGCGCGCGCCUGCGCUGCGCAGACGCCGCCGGCCUACCUGGUUCAUGUGUCCACGGACUAUGUGUUUGAUGGGCGCGCGCCGCCCUACACAACGUCAUCGGAGCCAAACCCACUCAACUCGUAUGGACGGAGCAAGCGCAUGGCCGAGCUGGCCGUGCAAGAGCAUGCGCGCCCAGGGUAUGCAACAUGUGUGCGGGUCCCUAUCUUGUAUGGCGAAUGCGACUCACCGGCCGAGUCGGCCGUCAACGUGCUCCUCGAUGCCAUCCAGGACCAGGGGCAGCGUGUCACUAUGGAUGCGCAUGGCGUGCGCUACCCUACCUACGUCGGUGAUGUGGCGCGUGUUCUACUGGACUUGGCCUCGAUGGCCGUUGUGCGCGGCGAGUCCAUGCCACCUACGCUGCACUAUGCAGCGCGCGAGGCCAUGACCAAGUACGAUAUGUGCCUGGUCCUCUCGCGCCUUUGGAACCAGGUCUGCGAUGCGCCCGUCUCGUCCACCGCACAUCUCGAUCCGCAAUUCGAGGCGGAUCCCCAUGCGGCCACACUGCGCCCGGGCCACUGCAAGUUGGACGUGUCAGAGACGGAGAUGCUGGGGAUCGACGUCUCGCAUGUUGCUUUUGACGAGUGGUGGCGUGCGUACCUGGCGCUUCUCGGGCCACCUGCUACCACGCUGGCGGAGCGUGCCGCAGAUGCGGCUCCGGCUGAGGCCGAGAAAAGUACGGAGACCGAAGCAGGGGCAGCGAUGGAAGACCAGACCCAAGGUGAGGCAGUCCACGAGCCCGUACCGGCCCCAUCUUCGUUGGAGCCGGCCCAGGAGCCACCUUGCGAGCCCGCGCCGACGGAUCCGGCACCGCCGGCGCCGUCCUCCCCAGUCGACGAUGAACGCUACGGCACACCGACGCCCCCCGAGUCCGGCGCCGUGCCACCAGCGCCCGCCGUCUCCUUUUCUGUGCGUGUGGACGAUCCACAGCGAGUGGGCGACCCAGUUACGGGGCACGUCGUAUAUGCCGUGCGCGUCUCCACGAAUGCGCCCUGGUUCUCGCGACCCGAACUCUCCGUGUUGCGGCGCUACAGUGACUUUCGCUGGCUCCACGCGGCGCUCGUUAGCAACUGCCCAGGCGCCAUUGUGCCGCCGAUCCCUGAAAAGGUCAAGAUUGGGCGCUUUGCACCGGAUGUGGUCGCGUUCCGACGCUGUGCGCUGCAGCGUGCGCUGCAGCAGAUGCUCGAGCAUCCGCGACUCCAAAAGGACGAGGAUCUCAAACUCUUUCUCGAAAGUCCUCGACUUGCCGCUGAUAUCCAUGCGCGCGAUACUGUCAAGGGCCCUGUCAUUACGCCUGACCACAAAGCGCUAUUUGGCUGGCGCCAAGCGCUGCAGCAGCCCCGCUUCCACGAUCCCGACGACUGGUUCUCCCACCAGUUGGACUACCUGACCCAGUUCGAGACGCGUAUGAAAGAGAUCGUGGCGGCUGUCUCGACGCUUGCUCAGCAGCGAAAGGCACUUGCGGCUGCACAGGAGCAGCUGUACGAGUCACUGGUCGGUAUAUCUAGCAGUGGGCUUUCACGCAGUGUGUCGACGUGCUUUGCGGCGCUCGCCGAGACGAAAAAGCGCGCUUCUGAGGGAUCGGCGCGUCUCGCGCACCACGAGGCUCACGUCCUGGGACUCGUGCUGUACGAGCACGAGCGCCUGGUGGGUAGUGUGCGCAAGUCCUUUGCGGCACGCGAAGAUGUAUGGCAGGCCUGGCAGAAAGCCGAGGACGAACUGCACAAGCUGCGCGCGCGGCAGGCCAAGCGGCCGACGCAGCACGUCGACACGCACAUGCAGGCCCUCACGCAGGCGGAGCUUGCAAGUGUCGCGCUGCGUACGCGCUUCGAAGAGGUAUCGCGGCUUUGCAAGAGCGAGAUGCAGCGUUUUGACCAGCACAAAGUCGUUGAGAUUCGUGCUGCAUUCGAGGCGUAUGUGCGUCACUUUCACUCGCUGCAGGCCGAGGCCAACGAAGGAUGGUCCCACUGCGAACGCGUAGUCCUGCGCCAAGCCACACGGAAACACGGAGGUACGUAUGCGCCACAGGACGUCCAAAGGAUUAUCGCUCCGGCGAAUGCACAUAUGUUAGACUGCCGAUCUGCAUGA